AUGAUGGUCCCAAGAGCCUUUCUUUUCACCUCGGCCCCGCCCCAAAAGGCGAUGCAGCCCUUUAGCAGCCAUGAUCACUCGGCUCGGCCGCCUCUCAAUCAAUCGGGAAUCCUUCCUGCCAAACAGACCGAGAACGCCGGAUCGUCCAACACACACCCCGUGGUAAUCCCACCUAAACGGGGCUCCCGCACCCCGUUGCAUCGGGAAUCACGGCCGCGUACCCUGUCCAAAACUUCGGCCUCAUCUCGUCGAUCUUCCUCCUCUUCUUCUUCCAAUGAGCGUCAUUUACCAACCUCAGUCGCCUCCAUGUUGAAUGCAACGGCAAUACCCGUGCCACGACGGUCGUGGUCCACUCGGCGGCCUCGGAAACUUCCCCGUGGGAACCAUGUGGAGGAAUUUAGUCGGAUGAUGCAGGAAGGCCUGAAGUCCAAAGAUGAUUAUCUGCUAGGUGGUUCAGGCAAUACACCUCUGGAUAUCUUGCUAAGCCCUCCGGACGAGGACCAUGAUCGAUAUUCCACUGGAAAUGAAUCCGAACUGGAGCCCUCUUUCUCAGCACGGUCACUCUCCAGCGACUCGAUGCCUUCGCUCGAGCCCGAUGUUGGGUCGCCGUGCAGCUCAUCUCUUCCUCCCACACCGGCCAGCCAUAAAAGCUCGGAAAGGCGACACCUUCGGUACUCGACUUCCGAGGAUUGCGCCUUGAACCACCCCCUGCUUGAAACAGAGAUGGAUGAUUUGGAGAUUGUGGAGUUUGAGAACCCCGAUGAACCCAUUCGGCAAGCCGGCGACGAGCCUUCAAAACGGUCUGCUUCCUUUGGGACAUUCCCACGCCUACGAUCAUCUUUUAAAUCAAACCUCACUGCAUCCUUACGAGCCAUCAAAUCCGCUGCGCAAUCCGUGUCAACCUUCACAACGCCUUCGGUUCAACCUGAGGAUUUUCUCACGCGGUCUCUGUUCACCAUCACACCCGAAAUGACCGAUGAUCGUCGUCCCCCACCGAUGAAAGAACCGCCUUCCCCUGCACUCCGACGAUAUCUGAACCCGACCCCCAUCUCUCCAGCAGAGAUGUGUGUCUAUCAUGAUCACCCUCGCGACAAACAGGACCCGGCAGGUUCUUGUCCUGUCUCGAUUCAAAUGCAGACCUAUCGCCGGUCCCGUGAUCGUGGCCACCGGCGCAACCAUUUCCAUGUCGUCCCUUCCAAGAACCGGGAUCAAUACUACACCUUCGAUCCUGAGGUACCUCCCAUGUCGCGUCAGCGAGAACCCCGCGAAAACAGCGAUUUCCUUCGUAUGGUUGUGCUAGAAAUGAACAUGCGCCGUAGCGGCAAGCUACGCGAAGAUAUUCCGACUCGGGCACGCAUUAUGCUCCCUCCGCGGAAGAGCAACCCGUAUCGAUUGUCAGGUGACUACGAAGACCACGACAACGACACUGUUCCAUCGCGAUGGGUGGGUGUCUCCGCCUAA